AUGCGUUUCCCGUUGGCCUUAACCUCCAGGCGCAGGGCGUCCCACGCGAAACACCCGAUUAUUAUGAUUCCAGGAGUUAUAUCAACCGGGUUAGAGAGCUGGGGUACGGAAGAGAAGUCACGGCAGUAUUUUCGAAAACGGUUAUGGGGAAGUUGGAGUAUGAUGAGAGCGUUGGUGCUAGACAAAUCAGGCUGGAAACAACAUAUAAUGCUGGACAAGGAAACUGGGAUGGAUCCCCCCGGAGUGAAGCUACGAGCUGCUCAAGGAUUCGAUGCUACGGACUUCUUCAUAACAGGUUACUGGAUUUGGAACAAGAUCCUGGAGAAUCUUGCGACAAUUGGAUACGAUCCGACCAACGCUUUUUCGGCUGCCUACGACUGGCGCCUUUCUUAUCUAAAUCUUGAAAACUUGGUUCAUUAUUUCACCAAACUAAAGAGUCAUAUGAAGCAGCCGUUCAGCUUUCGGGCAAGAAAGUGGGUGUGGGCUUCGCACAGCAUGGGCUCACAGGUAGCCAUGUUCUUCUUCAAAUGGGUUGAGCACGAAAAAUACGGUGGCGGAGGCCCUCAGUGGGUUGAAAAGCACAUUGAUUCAUGGAUAAAUGUCAGCGGUUGCAUGCUCGGUGCAACGAAAGGUCUUACAGCGGUCCUAUCCGGUGAGAUGAAAGACACAGCCCAGCUGAACGCGUUCGCAGUCUACGGGCUCGAAAAGUUCCUCUCCAAAGAGGAGCGCGCCGAGAUAUUUCGUGCCAUGCCAGGAAUAUCUAGCAUGCUCCCAAAAGGCGGGAAUGCUGUUUGGGGAAACAAUACCUGGGCUCCUGAUGAUCGCCCUGGCCAAAAUUUCACAUAUGGGAACUUUCUAAAAUUCCGCGAAUCAAAUUCCUCUUGGACAAGACAGAAUCUCACUGUUGAAGGCAGCCUACAGUACCUUUUCAACAGUACGGAGCCCUGGUUCCGGAACCAAGUCCAUCGGAGCUACUCUCACGGUGUAGCGCGGACCCGUAACGAAGUUGAAACCAACGAAGCUGAUCCCCGCAAAUGGCUCAACCCGCUCGAAGCCCGUCUGCCGCUUGCCCCGAACCUCAAAAUAUACUGCUUCUAUGGCGUGGGUAAGCCCACGGAACGAAGCUAUUUCUACCGUGAAGACAAUGACCCGCUGACCAAAUUGCGCGUGAGUAUUGAUACUUCUGUGACAAAUGGGGAUGUUGACCACGGGGUGGUAAUGAGCGAAGGGGACGGGACAGUGAACCUGUUAAGUUUGGGCUAUAUGUGCGCAAAGGGCUGGAGGAUCAAGAGGUAUAACCCCGCGGGUGCGAAGGUGAAGGUUUAUGAGAUGCCUCAUGAGCCUGAGAGAUUCUCACCCCGGGGUGGACCAAACACUGGUAUACACCCCAAUCAUUUUACCACCGCUUUUAUCAAGGGACGAAACCAUGCUAAUAUAUGUACAAUUUUCAGGCGACCAUGUUGA